CUCAGGGGGCGUGGUUACGAAAUGCAUUCGAGAAGUAUUCUGUCCGUAAUUCGGAAAUAAGUUAUAUUCUCUUGUUAUCGGUCUGCUACGUUUCUUAAGGAUUCUGUCAAGAACAUGGAGAAAAAAUUUACCGGCAAGCGAGCUCUUGUGACUGGUGCUGGGCGGGGUAUUGGUAAAGCCAUUGUUCUUGAGCUUGUUAAACAUGGAGCCCAUGUAAUAGCUCUAAGUCACACAAAAUCAAAUCUGGAAAAAUUAAAAGAAGAAGCCCCAGGAAUCGAAAUUGUGUCUGUGGAUGUGAGAAAUUGGAAAGAAACUGAAAAUGCAGUUAAGAAAUUAGGCCACAUAGAUCUGUUAGUAAAUAAUGCUGGUGUCCUCUCUUUACAACCAGUUGGCUCUAUCACAGAAGAAGAAGUGGAUAACUGUUUUGCAGUGAAUGUGAAAGCUGUAAUAAAUAUUUCACAAAUUGUUGCCAAAGGUAUGGUUGAAAGAAAAACAGGAGGUGCAAUUGUUAACAUAUCCAGUCAGGCUGCAAUUAUAGGUCUACCAAAUCAUACCACUUACUGUGCAUCAAAAGGAGCAGUGGAUCAAGUAACAAAAGUUAUGGCUCUUGAAUUGGGCCCACAUAAAGUAAGAGUCAACAGUAUAAACCCAACAAUUGUUCGUACAGAUAUGGGUGCAACAGCUAUUAGAUCCUAUGGUGAAGGCAAAGAAGUGGAGGAAGCUUUGAAAGCCAAAAUACCUCUAGGAAAAUUCUGUGAGGUCAAUGAUGUUGUUAAAGCUACAAUGUUCCUUCUGAGUGAUGAGGAUGCUGGUAUGAUUACAGGAGCACAGUUGCCUUUAGAGGGUGGUUAUAUAAUACAAUAGACCUCUGAAAUGUUGAGGAUAUUUUAUAAAUCCACAUAAUAAUAUGGGAUUAUUGUUUGUCAACAAUAUAAAAUGGUGCCAUUUUUUAAAAUUUAUAAUUGCCAUUUUUACUUUAUUUUUUAAAAUGAUUACUUAUUAACUUGUUAAAGAUGUUGAAAGUAAACUUCUUUUGUAUAUUUUGAAAAAAAAUGACUUUUUUUGAAAUAAGUAAAUUAUAUGGGUUCUUGAGUAAACCAAUCAAGAAAUGUAUUGCAUAUACUUUCUGGUAUGAGCAUCUGAACAUAGUCUUUUUAAAAUACUAAUAAAUAAAACAGCACUUUAUACUAUGUAAUUAAUUUUAAAAUUAAUUCUUAUUGCUUAUGAAAUUAAUAUAAAGAAUCUUUUUUUGCUAUAUUUAUCACACAUCUUGCACAAUUAUUUAUUAAAAAUAUUAAGAUAUUGAUUUUUGGAUUGAAUAAGUUUAUUCCAUAACAAAGAAAAAUUCUUAGGGCUUCAAGAUUUUUCUGAUUAGUAAAAUCUGGAAAACAAGUAGAUAAUUUUUGUCUUUUAAAGAGUAUUUUGUAGAACCCAUGCCUAAAAAAUUUUUAUUUCACUAUAUGGAUAUUUUCUUAUUAUGUAAUGGAUCCCUAUAAAAAAAAUGUUCUAUAUUGGGGAUGUUAUCUCAUUGUGAACAUCCCUUUAAAAGUUUAUUUUGUAUUUCCCUCUUGUAAGGAAUUAAGUAUAUGAUUGGAAGCUAUUUUCCAAGCUCUUUGCUAAAUACAUGUUGGUAUGUGAGACAGUGUAAUUAUGUAAGGUCAAGAAAACUCGAUAAUAAGUACAACAACAAAAAGAUAAAUAAAAAUUAUUUUAAUUUUA